GAGAAAGGCCACGAGUGUGGCGCGUAUCAGUAUUCAUCUCGGUACAAAAAGGCAUGAACAUAUUCAGGUUAUUGGGGGAUUUCUCCCAUCUCGUCGCCCUCAUAAUCCUCCUAAAGAAAAUCUGGAAGACUAAGUCAUGUGCUGGACUUUCAGGAAAAUCUCAACUUCUUUUUGCGGUUGUGUUUAUAUCACGUUACGUGGAUUUGUUUUUCAAUUUCAUUUCACUGUAUAACACCAUCAUGAAGCUUUUCUUUAUCAUUUGCUCUUGUGCGACCGUCUACUUCAUGUAUUUCAAAUUCAAGGCUACCUACGAUUCUAAUCAUGAUACAUUUGCUGUGUAUUUGUUGCUGAUCCCCAGUCUGCUUCUAGGAUUAGUGGCCAAUUACGAAUUUUCUUUAUAUGAGGUACUGUGGGCUUUCUCAAUUUACUUGGAAUCGGUUGCUAUUAUGCCUCAGUUGUUUAUGAUUAGCAAAACUGGCGAAGCUGAAACAAUCACUUCUCACUACUUAUUUGCGUUAGGAUCGUACCGUGCGUUGUAUUUGUUCAACUGGAUAUACCGUUAUGUUUUUGAUGAUUAUCUCGACUAUAUUGCUGUUGUUGCGGGUAUUGUACAAACAUUAUUAUACUGUGACUUCUUCUAUUUGUAUAUAGCUAAAGUUAUGAAAGGACGUGACUUACGACUACCUGCCUGAUCUCUACUAAUUUCCAAUAUUUAUAUUUUUGACUUUAUGAUGUUUUUGCUUUGUUUCUCUAUAGUUGUGUUAUAAAAUAAAAUGGUCUUAUGCAUCA